GACUUAAGGCGCUGAAGAAGAAUAUGGAAGUUAUUUUAGUUUAGAUAACUUUACUUCACAUUUCAAGCAAAAAACAAUAUUAUCAUGUACGAAAAAGAUGUUCAGUAAUAUUUAACCCCUGGUUUUGUUUUAAUGACCUAAGUUAUAAAUACUGCUGCUCGAACCAUCAGCAAAGUCACGUACGAUAUUCCCCGAAAUGUCGAGAGCAAAGGUUGGUAUUAACGGUUUCGGUCGUAUCGGGAGACUUGUGCUCCGCGCAGCUUUCCACAAGAACACCGUGGAUAUAGUUUCAGUGAAUGACCCCUUCAUAAAUUUAGAGUACAUGGUGUACAUGAUUAAACGUGAUUCCACCCAUGGGAAUUUUCAAGGCGAGGUGUCGGCAGAAAAUGGAAAAUUAAAAGUCAAUGGAAAAUUAAUAUCUGUUCAUUUCGAAAGGGAUCCAAGAAACAUCCCAUGGGAUAAGGACGGGGCUGAAUAUGUCGUAGAGUCCACUGGAGUCUUUACGACCAUUGAUGCAGCUAAAGCUCAUACUGAAAAUAAUCGAGCUAAAAAGGUUAUAAUAUCUGCACCUUCUGCAGACGCACCCAUGUUCGUUGUUGGUGUGAAUGAAAAUUCGUACGAUAAGUCAAUGUCUGUGGUUUCUAAUGCAUCAUGUACAACCAAUUGUUUAGCACCCCUGGCUAAGGUUAUUCAUGAUAACUUCGAAAUAGUUGAGGGCUUAAUGACCACUGUGCACUCAUUUACGGCUACGCAAAAGGUUGUAGACGGACCAUCUUCAAAAUUAUGGCGAGAUGGUCGUGGAGCGAUGCAAAAUAUCAUUCCAGCUUCUACUGGUGCUGCCAAAGCUGUAGGAAAAGUCAUUCCAGCAUUAAAUGGAAAAUUGACGGGAAUGGCUUUUCGCGUACCGACACCGGACGUCUCAGUCGUUGAUCUGACAUGCAGAUUAGGGAAGAAAGCUACCUAUGAUCAAAUUAAGGCUGUGGUCAAAGCAGCUGCAUCUGGACCAAUGAAGGGGAUUUUGGAAUACAGUGAUGAUGAGGUCGUCAGUUCAGACUUUAUUGGAAAUAGCAGUUCAUCCAUAUUUGAUGCGAAGGCUGGGAUAUCUCUUAACGACAACUUCGUGAAAUUAAUUUCAUGGUACGAUAAUGAGUUUGGAUACAGUUGUCGCGUAGUUGAUCUCAUCACGCACAUGCAUAAAGUUGACCAUGCAUAGUGAAGUAGUUUCAACUGUAGCCGAGUCACUUUUUGUCAAUCGAUAGAUAACGAAUAAAGCGUUAAUCUGCCCACUUACUUUUCAGUUCUCUCUAUCACAUAUCAAUCAAAUAUUGUUUGGUUUCUUCUGUUAUUUUGCUUAGCAGCCAGUGUAAAGUAACAAGUGUUGAUUAUCGGACUUCGUUUAAGAGGGCUUACGUGGUCCUAAAGUAUGUGUUUCCAUCAAAUUGUCACUCGUCCUACCCUUUGGACGUGUGGUGGUGGUCCACCUAACUAACUUUCAGCAGUCGCAAAAGUUCAAUAACAGUUUACAGGACAUAUUCGUGACUUCAGUUAUUACUUAGUUUGUAGUUCGCUAUACAUUUGAUUGUUGUGGACCUUUGUGCCCAUCUUAGACUUGCUGUUUAGAUAAUAAAAUUAAAGGAAAGGUAAUACCAUCCGAGUUUUUGUGCCUUAGUCUUUGAGAUGCAUGACAUCCUCAAUACUUGCUGAAUGCCAUCAAAUAAGGUUCCCUUUUUACAGACAUCGUCAUCGCAAUAACCAUUUUUGAAUAGACGGGAUGUUUACCUCUUCUGAGCGUUUCUAACAAUUGUUUGGUUCCACUCGUCAAAAGUAGCCUCUGUUGAUCUGGCUUUUCAGUCAGCUACAAUGCAGGAUCAGGCACAUAUGCAUCGGUCCAAGUUGCCAUACCUCAUUAACACAAUAUGAUGGGCACCGGAUUCAUAAAAGUAGUUAAUUCAGUGGUGGUAAUAUAUAAAAGAAAGAUUGCAAUAGGGAUAUAGUACAGGAAGAAAUAAUUAGUUCGUAGAAAGAAAUAUAUGAAGCAAUUUUAAUCUCUUAGUUUAAGGGAGGACAGAGUGUAUACACCGACGCCAUUGUGAUCGAUUCUGAGCCAUGUCACCCACAGUCUCCAACCA